AAAAAUAAAAAAAUCUAAUGGCCCUACGGGGAUAGUUUUUCUAAAUAUGGGUGGUCCAUCAGAACUUUCAGAAGUUAAAAAUUUUUUAUUUAGAAUUUUUACAGAUAGUGACUUAAUUCCACUUGGAUCAAUGCAAAAAUGGCUUGGAUCUUUAAUUGCAAAAUUAAGGACGCCUAAAGUAUUAAAUUAUUAUAAAAAGAUUGGAGGGAAGAGUCCAAUUUAUAGAUGGAGCAGACUUCAAGCAGAGGAAGUUUGUAAAAUUCUUGAUAAAACAUGCCCAAAAACAGCUCCUCAUAAACCUUAUAUUGCAUUUCGAUACUCAGAUCCAUUAACAGAAUCAGUGUUAUUGGAAAUGUUAAAUAAUAAUAUAACUAAUGCGGUGGCCUUUACACUUUACCCUCAAUAUUCAUGUUCUACUACAGGGUCUAGUCUUAAUGAAUUAUAUAAUCAGAUUCAAAGACUUAAUAUACACGAUCAAAUUAAUUGGAGUGUUGUAGAUCGUUGGCCAACACAUGAUGGACUUAUUAAUGCUUUUAAAAAUAAUAUUAUAGAAACAUUAAAAACAUAUCCAGAAAAUGAUAGAAAUAAUGUAAUUAUAUUAUUUACUGCUCAUUCUUUACCAAUGAGUAUUGUGAACCGUGGAGAUCCAUAUCCACUAGAAGUUGCAGCAACCGUUUAUGCUGUUAUGGAAAAACUGAAUUUUUCUAAUCCUUAUAGACUUGUUUGGCAAUCUCAAAUUGGACCAUCAACAUGGUUAGGCCCUCAAACAAAUCAUGUAAUAACGGGUUUUACGAGAAUGGGCAAACAAAAUAUCAUUUUAGUACCUAUUUCAUUUGUUAGUGAUCAUAUUGAAACAUUGUUUGAGUUAGAUCUUAAAUAUAUUGCCGAUGCUAAGAAAUCUGGGUUUAACGGUGUAAAACGAGUCGAGAGUUUAAAUGAUAACUCGACUUUUAUUAAAGGGAUGGCUGAUAUACUUAAAAAUCAUUUAACUAAUGGGAGAAAAAGUAGUACACAACUUGAACUGCCAUGCUCAUCUUGUAUGAGUUUAAAAUGUCAUUCAACAAAGUCUUUCUUUAAUAAUUUUAAUUCAUUGUAAUUUAUAUAACAAUAAAUUGUAGAUAGAUUAAGCUUAAGCUCAGGA